AACUCCCACCGCGCGGGUAGCUGCCGCGGCCGUCGUUGUCGCCGCGUUCUCGUACGUUCCGGUAGCCUAAAAAUAUCCGCCCCCAAGGCCGGCGACGCGGCCCAUCGAAGUCAACCGGAAACGACGCGGCCUUCGCUUCCUCCACCGGACGGUUCGCGUGCUCGACGAAGGGAAGCGUCUGUCUAGGAAAAAGAUGGAAGACAACAGAAUAACUCGAAUUUCAGUCACUUGGAGAGGCAAACAGCUUGAUGUGGAUGCAGAUCCAAGCUGUACGGUGAAAGAAUUUGGGCAACUUCUGCAGGAUUUGACUAGUGUUAAACCAGAUACAUUGAAGCUCAUUGUUCCACAAUCUGCAAACAAAGGUUCCAAGCUAAUCACGCCUUUUUUGGAUUUGCAUUCAAGCUUGACGCUGAAUGAAGCGGGUAUUAGUGAGGGAAAACCUAUCAGAAUGAUGGGUGUUUUUGAUGAUGAAAUUGAGGAAGUAUCUGACAAUGGCAAAAAGCCAGAUCUACGUAUAAUUGGAUUUGAUGAGGAAGAACAACGGCUUAGGCAACGAUCAUCAGUCAUGCCGCAAAUUUCACUCAAACUUCCUCAGGGGCAAUACAUCUUCUGUGAUUUUCGGACACUUCACUUACCUGGUAUUGAGCUGAAUCCCCCACCUUCAGAAGCACUGAAAAGAAUGCACAUGCUUGCAUGUGACCCUGGUAUAAUUGCGAUCAUGAACAAGCAUAAAUGGCGAGUGGGAAUCAUGACCGAAAUGGCUCCUGUUGGAUAUGUAGGCAUCAGUCCAAAAUGCAUUUUAGGCUUCAAUAAGAACAUGGGAGAGGAAAUAUCACUUCGUUUACGAACUGAUGACUUGAAGGGAUUCAGGAAGUAUGAAAGUAUCAAGAAAACUCUACUUCAUGAACUUGCACAUAUGGUGCACUCUGAGCAUGAUGCAAAUUUUUUUGCUCUUAAUAAACAGUUGAAUGAGGAAGCUGCUUCCUUGAACUGGACCAAGUCAAGAGGUCAUAUGUUGAGUGGUCGCAAAAUCUUUGAUUCCUAUGAAGAUGCAUUUGUUCUGGAACCAAGCACAACUGUUACUGGUCACAGGCUUGGGGGAGAGUCAAGUUUGCUGGCAAGUGCUCGUGCAUUGUCAGGGGCUGCUGCUUAUGAGCGUUUCUUGAAUGCAUCUGCAAAGGGAGAUCACAUAUCAGGCACAGAAAUUGAACAUAAUCCAGAUGAUGUUUCUCAAGAUUUUGUUCAGGGAAAUGUGAAGGUGGAGCCAGAUCCAGAUGAUAAUGAUGCCAUGCAUGUAGAUACAGCAAUUGAGACAUCAGGGUCCCUGGGUUCUAGAUCAUUGGCAGGACAACAUACCAUUGGUUACUCUGAGCCUAAACCUGAUGGUGUUGGCAAGCAAAGCUCUGUUGGAUGCCUAGAACCUGAUCCUGACGACUCCUCAAAUGUUAAUGUUCUUAACCAGGAGCUGAGUAUUGAUGGAUGGCACCAUAGUGAACCUGACCCUGAUGAUGGUACUGGUGAAUUUGUUCUGGAAUCUGGAAACAAGAUGGAAGUGGAGAGUGAACUGAGAAACAACAUCACAGUUUUGAAGUCUGAACCUGACCCUGAUGAUUCCUCGAAUGCUACUGUGAACCAGGAGCUGAGCAUCAAUGGGAAGCAUGGUGGAGAACCUGAUCCUGAUGAUACUACUUGUCGAGCUGUUUUGGAAUCUGGAAAUGAGAUGGAAGUGGUAACAGAGCAGAGUAGAAACUCCACGAUUUUGAUAGCUGAACCUGAUCCUGAUGACCAUGCUGGUGAUUCAAACAGCAAUGAGCUGCAAAGGAUUGAAGAACCAGUAGCAGCCCUCUUUGCACGACUUCAGAAGGCCAUUGAAAUGCUCCGGUUGCAAGCAACACCUGCAGAGGCAGAUGCGGCUAUCCAAACACUCUUUAAGAUUAUCAAGAAUGUGAUAGAGCACCCAAAUGAUACUAAAUACAGGAGAUUGCGUAAGUCCAAUCCACAUUUCCAAAGGAGUGUGACAAACUAUAAAGCCGCAAUGGAGGUCCUUGAAUUGAUCGGCUUCUGCGAGGAUGUCGUCUCAGACGAGAUUGGGCGUGCGGAGACUUACUUGGUAUUGAAAAGGAACGAUCUUGGAUUGCUAUGGCUUGCAAAGUCCUCUCUUGAAGUCUCCCUGGCUUGAUAAAAGUUCAUACAUCAUGGUUCUUAUUUUCUUUUGUGGAUAUAUUGAGCAAGAGAACUGGCUGUUGGCAUGUACCGUUCUUCUGAAUCAAAACUGUUGUAUACUUGUAUAUGAAAACACAACAACGAAAUGAUGUGUGCAGCUUUCAACCUGCUGCUCCCCCCCCCCCCCCCCCCCUUAUCUGUGUCUUAACUUGAAUGGCUUGCACUCCCAUGUGAUGUACCGAGGAACCCUGGUAGUCUUGGAUUUCAUUAUAUCUGCAGUCUUGGAUUACCAGACCUUGCUGCAGCCAAAUCAGUCAAAAGGAGCAUUUUUUUCA